AUUUUGCUUCUUCGUUCACUUCGUUGUCGGACGCCAUAGUUAACGCUUCGUUUCGGAGGAAAGUGGAAAGUAAAUCGAACUUUUUCGCGAAAAACCUUGUCUUUAAUAAUUACUGCUUGAAACAUUUGAACGGAUGAUGGCAGGAGCCGAAUCACCUAAAUUAAAACAGGAAUCGCAGAAUGCAUCUACAGAGAAUAGUAAUGAAAAUCCACGAGAACGGAAUCCUCCUGGUGGCGGCAACCGCGGUCCUCGUGGGCGAAAAGGAGGAACACGUUUUUCUGGCGGACGUGGUGGCGGAAUGGGCGGAGGGAACAGAAAUAACGAUGGACCGAUGAAAAUGAAUGAUCCUAUGGAUGGUGGUAUGGACAAUACCAUAAACGAAGGAAUAGGCGGAGGUAUGGGAGGAGGUAUGGGUAUUGGACGUGGAGGUGGAAUGCGCGGUGGUAGAGGUGGCCGCGGAGGGGGUGAUAGAAACAUGGGAAAUCGAUCACAAGAUGAUCGUUUAAUGGAACGGAUUAUGGCUAUUAGUGGUCCUACGCAUGAUCUACCACCCCCAGAAACCACGGAAAAGAAAUUCAGUGGUCGUAAUCGUCUGUAUAUUGGAAACUUGUCAAAUGAUGUUACAGAAGAGGAAAUUCAACAGAUAUUUCAACAAUAUGGUGAAAUAUCUGAACUCUUUGUAAAUAAAGAGAAAAACUUUGCAUUUCUUAGGAUGGAUUAUAGGGUAAAUGCCGAGAAGGCAAAACAUGAGUUAGAUGGAAAAAAUGUAUUUACAAAUAGUAAAGGACGUGCACUUAAAGUUCGUUUUGCUCCACAUUCUUCGACAGUUAAAGUUAAAAAUCUUACACCUUGGAUUACGAAUGAAUUGCUUGAGAGGGCAUUCAGUGUCUUUGGUGAAAUUGAACGGGCGAUAGUUAUAGCUGAUGACAAGGGAAAAUCUACUGGAGAGGGAAUUGUAGAAUUCUGCAGAAAACCGUCGGCCCAACUUGCUUUACGAAAGUGCACAGAAGGAUGCUACUUUUUAACCGCGUCUCUACGUCCUGUAGUUGUUAAACCAUUUGAAUUACUAGAUGACAUUGAUGGUUAUUCAGACAAAAAUCUACCUCGGAAAAAUCAGGAAUUUUUUACAGCUCGCGAUAUUGGUCCAAGGUUUGCAAAGAUAGGAAGUUUUGAAUAUGAAUAUGGAACGAGGUGGAAACAGCUGCACGAAUUAUAUGAACAGAAAGAAGAAGCACUAAAAAGAGAAAUGGCAAUGGAGGAAGAAAAAUUGGAAGCUCAAAUGGAAUUUGCACGAUAUGAACAUGAGACUGAAUUGUUGAGAGAACAACUGCGUAUGCGUGAGGCCGAUCGUGAGAGACAAAAGCGAGAAUGGGAAAUGAAAGAAAGACAGGCUGAAGAACAAAGAACGCGCGAAGAAGAACUACGAAGGAGACAACAAGAAGAAAUGGCAAUGCGUAUUAGAAGACAAGAAGAGGAGUUACAUCGUCGUCAACAAGAAAAUAAUUUAUUCAUGCAGGAGCAAACAAUGAGAGGAGGUGGAGGAGGCGGGAUGGGAGGAAAAAAUUAUGAUUCCGUUGGUAAUAAUGACCGCGAUGGAUAUGGACAGCCAGAUGGUGGAAGCAGCAUGCCAGUGGAUCCAAAGUCUUUUAUGGAUGCUUAUAAUAGUAUGGAUCGUGGUAGCCGUGGGGGUUACAAUGACGAUCGUAGUCAAAUAAUGGAUUUGAUGGAUAUGAGGGUUGAUAUGGGUAAUAUGGGUGGUGGUCGUGGAGGUAGUGGUGGUAGUGGACGUUGGCAAGGUGGAAGUGAUCGUAAUCGUCAGGAUGACUAUCCUAAUAAAAGAAGACGCUAUUAAAAAUGUUGCGGCAUACUUUUGAGAGCCAUCGAAAAAGCAAAACAUCAAGGUACUGUUAAAACACAUUGGCUAUUAACAUAAUUAUAUCAUUUUCAAGGAUAAAGAGACGAUAUGAACUGUACGUACUACGACGCCUCUUGAUCCCCCAUAAGACUGUUCUAAAGAUGAGAAUCGCAUAUAAUGGAAAAACUGAAUUGAAAUUUGCGGUGUCAUACAGUAUAACAUACAGUAAUGUAGACAAACGUAUAUAUAUAUAUAUAUAUUCACUGUCAAUUAGUACUUUCAAUAAAAUAAUCAUCUCAUAGGAGUUUCUAUUUAUGAAACAAUAUGUAAAUAUUACAAAUAAUAUAGUAUAUAUUACUUUUUAUUACUAUUGUAUUGUCAUAACUGUAUUACUAUUCAUAGUUCAUUAUUUCAUUUGAUUCGGUAGUUUUUCAGGGUGAAAAGUGUAUACACUGUCGUCGUCCGUACCUUUAGCUUUGUUCUUUACGAUUAAAAAAGUUAGUUCGUAAGUAAAAAGUGCGUUUAGUAUUGGCUGAAAUCAAUAUCGGUCAUUUGGUAACUUAUCUUUUUAAUAACGAGUAAAAUUUCUUAUAUACGUGUCUCUGUGUCAAAGUUAGUUUUACCCUGUGCAUUAUGCAUAUUCGUACGUACGUGUCUUUAUGUUAACGAUGGUGUGAAUGUCGCCACGAGAAGAAGUAUAUGCAAUAUCUGCAUUACUUGAAGCUUUAUAAAAGUAAUUAUAUUAGAAUAAGACGUAUAUCUCAGCAGCAGUAAUCGAUCUGCGCUUGUGCUAUUCAAAUUUUGUGAAGGAACACAAUUGACAGAAAGUAAUUUUAUGAAUAAAGGUUUACAUAUAUAUCCGUACAUAGGAAUAUAUAAUACACUAACGUUUAUUUAAUUACUAAUCUUCUUCGUUAAAAUUUCGCGAAUAUCGCGUUUAUUUGAAAGAUAUUGUGAAAACACGCUACAAUCUUUGUUUUCAAUACUGAGUUAUUUAUACUCAGUGGACGCUUAUUAUGAAAUUGAAUCUUGAAAUAUGUCAUAUACAAACUUAUGUCAUAGGGAUAUACAAUUUAUCUCUACAAGUUGUAAGAGGAAAUUAAAUAUGAACACUCCGUAUAAGUUAUAAUUUGUAUGUCUGCAACUUUGAAUGACACUACUGCAAUGAUAAUUUUUAUAUAUUACAUUGUUACACAUUUAUAUUUUAUAACAUCUUUUUCUAUAAUUUAAAAAAUGUUUAUACCAUGAUGGGUUGAUAUUUAUGGAGAACUACGGAUUGAAACAAGUACUAGAAUACUUGACAAAUAGAUUUUUAUAAGAAUCCGAAGAGUAAUUAUACGGCAGAUAUUAUUCUUCUUCUUCUUAUAGAAAUAUACGAAGAAAGUGUGCACGGAGGUUAAGCUUAUUUUACUAUUAAACCGCUAAUCAUCACCGCUGCUUAUAGGUGAAUAUUAAGCGAAGAUAUUUCGAUAAACGGUAUAUUUGUUAAACUGUUCUAACUUGAACGUGUGUUACGAAUUUCCUAAAAUGAGAUAGGGAUAUUAUAGUUCAAACAGAAAAUGAUAAUAACAGUAUUAUGUUCUAUCUUAAAUGCUGAUAUAUAAUGCUAUUAAAAUAUAUUUCUUUUUAUAAACUUUCAAGGAUUCAUUCAGAGAUAAAUUUCAACCAUUAAAAAGUAGUAAACUUCCUUUUUUAAAAGCGUUUGCAGUACAUUUCCCUCAUUUUGGGAGUAAAUUAAAAUUUUGAUAUUGAAUAAAAGUAAGCAUAAUAUAAUGUAAUGAAGUAUAAUUAAUUAGAAGUAUUUGCCUGGAGAAAACUAAAAAGUUAUGGUGAAAAACUA